AUGUCUUCAGUGUCGGUAAACGCAAGAAAUGCCGGUGCACCGGAGAUCGACCUGUCUGUGGUCAUUGUCGUCGACUGCGUCUACGGUGAAGAGAACCCUCGGCAGCGUUCCUUGGACUCCGAGCCACACGUUGAGCCCGAUGCAUCUUCUCGGGAAGCCACCACAACUGUGUUGAGGAGACUGUCAAUUCUUGACAACAAGAUGGAGAAUGUGACAGCUCGACUUAGCACUAUUGAGGACCGCCUGACAUCUCUUCUCGACCUCCAUCUUUCAGGCAGCGUACAAGCGUCUCAUGCCGCGCGCAAUCCUAGGAAUGGCACCGACGCGCCGAACCUCGCCUCAAAUCAAGGUCAGAGUGUGGUCGCAGAGCAGGAGGCACCUGCACCCAUGGAUGUCGGCGUGCCCGAAGACGUUGUCGCUGCCGCGGUGGAUGCCUACUUCUUCUACUGCCACAACCAACCCUACUCCUUUUUCCACGAAGCUCACUUCCGCCGCCGCUUGUCAGAAAGGACCGUCCCUACACAUCUUCUGCUGACUAUAGUGGCUACAGCUGGUCGCUUCUGCUCACAUCCCUACUUCACGGGGCGCGUGCACGAAGCGUCGGUCGACUGUGCCAAUCGGGCUUGGAAGCUGAUUGUUUCUGAUUGCUUCACUGAGGGCACUGGCACGGAGAUAUCCGCAGUACAGACGGUGGCUCUUCUGGGUCUGUUUGACUUCACUGCUGGCAGGUCGCGUCACGGUUCGGCAUGGGUUAAGGAAGAACGCCGACGCGUCUUCUGGUCUGUCUAUCUCCUGGACCGACUGGUGUCCUGCGGACGCGGUCGUCCACCAGCCAUCGUUGAUGCGUCUUGCCACCUGCAAUUACCAUGCGAAGAGGUGGUCUGGAAGAAUGAGGUAUGGAGCAAGACGCAAUCUCUUGACGAGAUGACAAACCGGGCCUUGACAGUCCCUCAGAGUCAGGGCUCCUUCGCCCAUGUCAUUGCCAUGGCCCAGAUCCUUGGACGGAGUGCGCAGUACAUGCUUCAGGAGUUCAAUAUUCGCAGCCCUCAUCCACCCUGGGAUCGAAGCUCCGAUUUCGCUGCGCUUGAGUCUGAUCUCCUCCACUUUGAGUCAUCCUUGAGGAUCCAACAACCGUUGCAACAAGUUCUGGCUCCGUACAUCACGGCUGAUGGAGUCGUGGAUUACCACACCACUGGCCCGAUUAUCUUCUCCCGGGCAUUCUAUCAUCUUUGCUACUGCCUGCUUAAUCACCCUUUUCUUCUCAAGCGCCGUAUUGAUACGUGCCGCACGUUGGCCCCGACCAGUUUCCUGACACGAUCAUCUGACCUAGGAUGGUUACAUGCGCAGCAUAUGCUAGCACUUAUACGGGACGCUCGUGGGCUGGGGUGCUCCUUUCACUCCUCUUCUAGCGGCUACUGCGCGACUGUUGCCGGUUCUAUCAUCGCUUUGAGAACUGGUGAUUCAGAUUUAGUCGUGAGCCAGAGAGCUCAAGUUCUCCUUGAAGAGGCUUUGUCGUAUCUCGACACUCUGGGUCGCCAUUGGAAUAAUGUCUCCUCGAUGGCAACAGUGCUUAGACGAAUGGUGUAUGAUGGUUUCCUGGGGGGUAGUCUGUGUAGUAGUGAGCUCCAAAGAGCUAACAUUACUCUGGCCGAGGAAGAGACCUUGUGGGCCGUCGUUGACUACAACACCAUGUCGAGCACAGUGAGUGAGGAGGCUUUAAACAAUAACCAAGAUCUUAGUAGCAUAUGGCUUGAUUCGUGGACGGACCUCUUUGGAGUGCCAGGCGAUCAAAUAGCCCCGCUAACUCCGAACCCUUUGUAG